AAAGAAAGGAGAACUGGGUGUGGGUGUGGCUGUGCACCUCUUCAAUCCCAGCAUCUGGAAUACAGAGGCAGGCAGAUCUCUCCGAGUUCCAGACUAACCUGGCCUAUAUAAUGAGUUCCGAGGUAGCCACUGCUACAUCCCAUCAAAAAUUUAAUUACAUUUUUUAUUGUGUCUGAGCUCACAUGUGGAAGUUAGAGGAUAACUGCAGGAGUUGGUUCUCCCUCCACCAUGUGUGUGCCAGGAAUGGAACUCAGGCUGUCAGAGUUGGCAGCCAUCUCUCCAGCUCUCUCCCUUUCUCUUCUGAAAACUGCCUUUAACGCCUGCCUGGGAGUUUGGUUCCCUCUUACACUUCUGUUUUCCAUCAGACACAGAGACUCGAGGUGAUCAUACUAUUUUGUUCGCCGUCGUUAACAAGAUCUUUCUCGUUUUACCUUUAUGUUUACUUUAGUACCCAGUCAUUCUUCAUCACUUCUUCUUUAGUGGCUUUAAUGUGCUUGAUAGAUGUCUUUAAAUAUACAUGUAUCUUUGCAUAAUAUAUAAUGUUUUAUGUAUGUAUUUUAAAUGUACAUAAUUGAUAUUGUGUUAUAGAUCUCAUUCUGUUUCUUUUUCAUGUUUCCAUAAAUUACUUCUAUUACAUAGUAUUUCCUAAAUGACCUUUCACCCUUUGCCACAUUGGUCCUGGGCCAAGAUGGGCCAGUCAGAGUCCUUACCCAGAAUUUUUUGAACUGAAAGUGAGAGAAAAUCCCUCUUCAGUGUGGAAGCCAUAAAAUGUAAAACACAGGAACUGUCAGCAGCCAUGUGUCCUGUCGUGUGGAACCAGCUGGUCUGCUGUGAAAAGGAAGCCGACAUGCCAAAGGCAGCAGAGAACCAUGUGUGCUCAGUACUGCAUCUCCUUUGCUGAUGUUGAAAAAGCCCAUAUGAACAUUCGAGAUUCUGUCCACCUCACGCCAGUACUAACAAGCUCCAUUUUGAACCAAAUAGCAGGACGCAGUCUUUUCUUCAAAUGCGAACUCUUCCAGAAAACUGGGUCUUUUAAGAUCCGUGGUGCCCUUAAUGCCAUCAGAGGCUUAAUUCCUGACCCUCUGGAGGGGAAACCCAAAGCCGUUGUUACUCACAGCAGUGGGAACCAUGGCCAGGCUCUCACCUAUGCUGCCAAACUGGAAGGGAUUCCUGCUUACAUUGUGGUGCCUCAGACGGCUCCCAACUGCAAGAAACUGGCAAUACAAGCCUACGGGGCCUCUAUAGUAUAUAGUGAACCGAGUGAUGAGUCUAGAGAAAAGGUCACUCAAAGAAUUAUGCAAGAAACAGAAGGCAUCUUGGUCCAUCCCAACCAGGAGCCUGCAGUGAUAGCUGGACAAGGGACAAUUGCCCUGGAAGUCCUGAACCAGGUUCCUUUGGUGGAUGCACUGGUGGUACCAGUAGGGGGAGGAGGAAUGGUUGCUGGAAUAGCCAUUACAAUUAAGGCCCUGAAACCUAGUGUGAAGGUCUACGCUGCAGAACCCUUGAAUGCAGAUGACUGCUACCAGUCCAAACUGAAAGGAGAACUGACUCCCAAUCUUCACCCUCCAGAAACCAUAGCAGAUGGUGUCAAAUCAAGCAUUGGCUUAAAUACUUGGCCUAUUAUAAGGGACCUUGUGGAUGAUGUCUUCACUGUCACAGAGGAUGAAAUCAAGCAUGCAACCCAACUGGUGUGGGAGAGAAUGAAACUGCUCAUUGAGCCUACUGCUGGUGUUGGAUUGGCUGCAGUGCUGUCCCAGCAUUUCCAAACAGUCUCUCCAGAAGUGAAGAACAUCUGUAUUGUACUCAGUGGUGGGAAUGUAGACCUAACCUCCCUAAACUGGGUGAAGCAGGCUGAAAGUCCUUACCAGACUAUUUCUGUUUAAAUUCAUGAAUUGUCUCUAGAUGAAAAUUGUUUUCAAAAUCUUAA